AUCUUGCGUCCCCGCGUGUGCGCGCCUUCUCUCAGCUGGUCUGCCCGAGACCCCCUGAGCGCGAACCUUAGUCCCCCGCGCGGCCCCAUUUCCACUCCGACAAGAUGAAAGAAACGAUCAUGAACCAGGAAAACCUCGCCAAACUGCAGGCACGAGUGCGCAUUGGUGGGGAAGGAACUGCUCUUAGAGAGAAGAAGGUGGUUCCCAGAACAGCCACGACAGACGAUAAAAAACUGCAGUUCUCCUUAAAGACGCUAGGGGUAAACAACAUCUCUGGUAUUGAAGAGGUGAACGUGUUUACAAACCAAGGAACCGUGGUCCAUUUUAACAACCCUAAAGUUCAGGCGUCUCUGGCAGCAAACACCAUUCCAGGCCACGCCGAGACAAAGCAACUGACAGAAAUGCUUCCCGGCACCCUCAACCAGCUUGAUGCAGACCGUCUGACCAGUCUGAGGAGACCGGCGGAAGCUCUGCCCAAGCAAUCUGUGGAUGGAAAAGCACCACUUGCUCCUGGAGAGGAGGAGGAUGAUGAUGAAGUUCCAGAUCUGGUGGAGAAUUUUGAUGAAGCGUCUAAGAACGAGGCAAACUGAACCGAAGCGACUUCUGAAGAAGGUGACACUUGGCA